AUGGUUCUAUCCCAGCCCUCGACCUGGCACAUCGAUAUCGACUACUACCUCGACCGCAUCAUCCCCACACCACGAUGGCAUCUCGUUCCAAAACCCAUUGCCCACAUGCUCGGGCAUAGAGACAGCCCGCCCAAGCCGCUUGGAAAUGUCCUCAUCGCAUGCUGGUCACUAGUAGGGGCAUUUUGCGGCGUUGCACUCGUAGCCUCUGUAUCCAAACGGGUUCCCUCAUUCGAAGAGCGAGAUGCACCUGCCAUCGUUGGCAGUUUUGGAGCGGCAGCAGUGAUAUUAUUCUGCGCAAUCGAUUCACCAUUUGCGCAGCCGCGCAAUGCACUCUUCAGCCAGAUGAUUGCGUGUGGAAUCGGAGUGGGGAUAGCCAAACUAUUCGCUUUGAAUCCUGCCGCUGAGAAAUGGACAGAGCUGGGUGGUGCAUUGGCUUGUGCGCUCACGACGGCAGUCAUGUUAUUGACGAAUACGGUGCACCCGCCGGCGGGGGCGACUGCGUUAUUGGCUGUGACGAAUGCGCAAACGGCGGCGCUGGGCUGGUUCCUUUUCCCGAUUAUGUUGCUGGGGGUUGUGCUAAUGCUGGUUGCGGCGGUGGUGGUUAAUAAUGUGCAGCGGAGGUAUCCGCUGUAUUGGUGGACUGCGACUCCGUUGGCUGUUUCUCGGGGCGAUUUGGAGAAGAAGGGGAGUACCCCCAGCCAUUAUGAAGAUAGUUUGGAUGUGCCGAGGCGGCUGGUUAUUGAGAGGGGGGAUGUGUUGGUUCCUGAUGGGGUGUUUCUCUCUGCUGAGGAGAGGGAGGUUUUGGAGAAGAUCUGUGAGAGGAUCUGA